AUAACCAUACUAAAGUUCUUUUCUUGCAACAGUAAUUUGCUGUAAAGUCGUGUCUAAUAAGGUCUUAACAAUGCGUGCACUAGUUUUUAUUUGUUUUUGUAUAUUUUUCAAAUAUUCGUUGGCUAUUUCCAAUGAAGAUGGAAGAAUUAUAAAUGGACAUUUAACUGGAAAUUCCAACACAAAACAUCAGGUGUCAAUUCGUGAGAAGAUCUUAGAUGAUUUCUAUUUUGGUUUGGGUUUUCUAUGCGGUGGCAGCUUAAUAUCUCCAAAUAGUGUUCUAACCGCAGCUCAUUGUCUUCUAGAUUCUUCGGAGAGUCCAAUAAAUGCCACGGCAUUAAUAGUUGCAAUGGGAAAUCUUGUAAAGAAUGUUCGAGAUAAUGACACAUUGGUAUUCAAUAUCAAGAAAUAUUUGGUGCAUCCAAAUUAUAAUCGGACAACCAUAACAUUUGAUAUUGCGUAUAUAUUUUUAGAUGGCAAAGUACCAAACGAUCAUCCAACUAUUCAACCAAUUAGUUUGGUUGAUACAAAAAUGCCUUUAGGAACCGUUUGUGAAGUUACUGGCUGGGGAUACACCGAAAAGGAUGUUCCGUCAGAUGAUCUUUUGGCUGUUGAUGUCCGAAUUAUCGAUAUCAAUGUGUGUCAAAUAGGCUAUGACGGUAUUUUAAAAUUAACUGGUCAAUUAUGCGCUGGUUAUAUGACUGGUAAAAGAGAUGCAUGUGGAGGAGAUUCAGGUGGCCCAUUGGUGUGUAAUGGAAAACUUACGGGAAUUGUAUCUUUUGGCGUUGGCUGUGGAUCUGAAAGUAAACCUGGAAUUUACACGGACGUUCUAUUUUUUAAAACUUGGAUUCGAAGAAUUGCUAAGAAUACUGGAAGUAGUUUUUCGACGAAAGUUUCUCUUUUGAUUUUACCAAUAAUAAGUAUUGUCCUUCUUAAAAAUCAUAUUCAAAUAAUAAUGUUAUAGUUAUAGGUAUGUUUGUUAAUAAAAUUAAAAUUCUGUUUAUACACAGAAAUGAUUUAUACAAAAAUAAAAUAUAAAUAGGUUUAGCCAUAGCAUGCAU